AUGAAACUUUUUGAUCUUUUAACUGGAAGAUCAUUAAUUUAUCGACAACAAAAUGAAACAUUAUUACCGGAUGAGAUUUCAUUUCAUAUUUUACCCAAAAAUGAUGCUAAUCGUCGAACAAAUCGUUUACGUGUAAGAUUACCGGUAAUAAUGAUAUCACAAGAUGAUCCACUGAUAAAGAUUGAGAAAUUUCCGGAUCGAAUUAAACUAAUUACCGGGAACAAUUAUUCUCUAUCACCGGAAAUAUUCCAAGUUACGCAUCCGGUAAUCAAACCAGCUGGUUUAGAAUAUCGAUUAGUUCAGGCAGGAAGUAAUGGAGUGAAAUUUUUGAUAAAGAAUGAUAUAACAGAAUUGUUUACUCAAGAUGACAUAAACAAAGGAAAAACAUAUAUCCUCUUGAACAGGACACAUUUUGGUGCUAAAUCAAAUGGUAAUCGAUCUAAAAUUAUCUAUCAAAUAACGAAAUCACCAGAAAAUGGUACGCUAUAUUGGGUAGCAGGUGAAACGGAAGCAAAUACAUUCACACAAGAUGAUAUUGAUGAGGAACGUGUACUUUAUGCACAACUUAAUAUGCAAGCUUUUCAGGAUCAAUUUGAAUUUAAAGUUGAAAAUGAAUUAAAUGAAACAAUUCAAAGUAUUUCAUACGUACGUGUACUUCCUAUAUUAAAUCCACAAACGCUUAUUGCUAAUGGUAGCUCAAUAGCGCUUAUUACUGAUAAACAUCUCAAUGCUUCCAUUUUACAGGGUUUAACUCCACGUUUCUUUGUUAUCAUAUCACCACGUUUUGGUCGUUUUAUUUUAAAUGAAAAUAUUGAUCAAUUCGUGGAAUAUUUCACUUAUAAUGAUGUCAUAAACAAUGGCUUAUCUUAUCAAUCCAAUCAAACUGAUGUUAUGAUAUUUGAUUUUGCAGAAUUAGAAUUAAAUGCUGAUCAAAUACAACCAGCUAGAUUUAGAUUUGAAAUCGAAAUUCAUCCAUCCAUUCAAAUUAAUUACAUUCCCUCAACUGAUAGUACAACCAAUUAUUCAAUAUCACUCGAUGAUUUAUCCCAUUCAUCUAUGGUACCAAAAAAUGGAUUGUUAAAUUAUUAUUAUGUACUAAUCAUCCUAUUUGCACUUAUCAUCAUUGUAAUCACAACUAUUAUCAUAUUUCGGCGACAUUCAAAACAUCAAAGACAAUUACGUGUAGUGAAUGCGCAAAAAAGACGAGAAUUAGUUGCAAAAACGAAAGCAGAUCUUGAGAAGCAACCUGAUUUAUUGAGUACCACGGUUUAUGCUACAAUUGGGCGUAAUCGUCGUGAACUACCCGAGAAACGAUCUGACCGUUCAUUGCAAACAUUUGAUGGCUCAAAACAUCAUACAUCUUUAAUUCAGACACCAAUAUCUCAACGAACCCAAUCCAAACCAUUUAUUGGUGAAUCAAUCGAUUAUCGAGGGUUAAAUAUCCGAAAUACUCCAGAAUUGAAUAAAUCUAGACCGGAUCGAUAUCAAUCAACGAGAUUAAAAGAUAAUCAAUAUUGGGUAUAA